CGUGCCGCCAUGCCGCCCUCCGCGAUGCCGCUGCUGCUCCUGCCGCUGCUGCUGGCGGCGCUGGCGGUGCCCGCCCCGGGCACGGCGGCGGCGGCGGCGGCUGCGGGGGGCUGCGGGCCCUGCGAUCCGGCGCGGUGCCCGGCGCUGCCGGCGCGGGGCUGCCCGCUGGGCCGGGUGCGGGACGCCUGCGGCUGCUGCUGGCAGUGCGGGCGCGGCGAGGGCGAGGCGUGCGGCGGCGGCGGCGGCGCUGCCGGGGGGCGCUGCGCCCCCGGCCUCGAGUGCGUGAAGAGCCGACAGCGCCGCAAAGCCAAGGGCGGCCCGGUUCCCCCCGCCGGCGGCCCGUCCGGCGUGUGCCUCUGCAAGAGCCGCUACCCGGUGUGCGGCAGCGACGGGCAGACGUACGGCAGCGGCUGCCAGCUCCGCGCCGCCAGCCUGCGCGCACAGAGCCGCGGCGAGCCCGCCAUCAGCCAGCGCAGCAAGGGAGCCUGCGAGCAAGGACCCUCCAUAGUGACUCCUCCUAAGGACAUCUGGAAUGUGACAGGAGCACAGAUCUACCUGAGCUGUGAAGUCAUUGGCAUCCCGACCCCUGUCCUCAUCUGGAACAAGAUAAUUCGAGGACAGUAUGGUGUCCAGAGGAUGGAGCUUCUGCCUGGGGACCGGGAGAACUUGGCUAUCCAGACCCGUGGGGGCCCUGAGAAACACGAAGUGACUGGCUGGGUGCUGAUAUCUCCUCUGAGCAAAGAGGAUGCUGGGGAAUAUGAGUGCCAUGCAUCAAAUGCCAAAGGAGAGGCAACAGCUUCUGCGAAAAUCCACGUUGUGGAGACUCUGCAUGAAAUAGCCCUGACCAAAGGUUGAUGAUGGUGCAGAGCUGUGAUGUGAGGACUUUCACUUACGCACAGUUUUAAAUUAGUAUUUUGGAAAGCUGCAAGCUCUGGCUUUUUCUAGCUGACUAAUCAGUCCCUCUUAACUCCCUUUUUCUUUGAGUCCCAAUUUGCUUGCACACUUCUUUCACAGAUACACAAAUAGAUUCACAAGCUCGAUUACAAAUUUUAAUUCUAUUUACAGGAAAUAAACAUACUUUUGAACUGCA